AUGGUCAAGACCUCCGUUCUCAACGAUGCGCUUAACGCCAUGAACAACGCCGAGAAGGCCGGCCGUCGCCAGGUCAUGAUCAGACCUAGCUCCAAGGUCAUCAUCAAGUUCCUCCACGUCAUGCAGAAGCACGGCUACAUCGGAGAGUUCGAGGAGGUUGACGACCACCGUUCCGGCAAGAUUGUCAUCCAGCUGAACGGUCGCCUCAACAAGUGCGGUGUCAUCAACCCCCGCUACCCCGUCCAGCUCCGUGACAUUGAGAAGUGGGCUGUCCAGCUCCUUCCCUCUCGUCAGUUCGGCUACGUCGUCCUGACCACCUCCGCUGGUAUCAUGGACCACGAGGAGGCCCGCCGCAAGCACGUCUCCGGCAAGCUCCUCGGUUUCUUCUACUAG